AUGAUUGGUCUGAAGGGUACCCUCAACGUCAUCGACAACUCUGGGGCCUUGCUGGUUGAAUGCGUCAACGUCCUCAAGCAGAAAGUCAACAAUGGCUGGGGCAGUGUCGGUGACGAGAUUGUCUGCGUCGUCAAGCGUGCGCGUCCAAUAUCCGCAGCACAAAGCGGUUCAAAUGCGGUCAAAGUGCGAAGAGGAGACGUUCGGCGUGCCGUUAUUGUUCGCACAAAGAAGACAGUGCGCAGACCAGAUGGCCGAUUCAUCAGGUUCGACGACAAUGCCGCAGUGCUCCUCAACAACAAACGCGAAAUGCUUGGAACACGCAUAGGUGGUGUCGUCAGUGCGGACCUGCGUAUGAAGGGGUGGGGGAAAAUCGUCAGUUUGGCACCGAAGUUUGACGGGCGCGCGUUUUCCCUAUAG